UAAGGCGCCGCCGCCGCCAACGUGUCCGGUGUGCCACGGCGCGCAUAGGAUCUCGGAGUGUGUCAAGUUCAAGGACAUGAACGUCGAAAGUAGGUCAAGCGAAGCCUUGAAGUUACAUCUUUGCUUGAACUGCUUGAGGCGUGGUCAUAACGUCGAACAAUGCCGCCUCGGUUCGUGUCAGGUCUGUAAGGAAAAACAUAACACAUUAUUACAUAAUUAUAAUCAAUCAUUAUCCUUACAGGCUAAUAAUAAAACAGCUGGCCCGGCGCCCGUCAUUAGCGCGGCCAGCGCGUGCGCCGCGAACGCGAUAGCGGAUCGGGAGGGCACUUUCUGGUGGGGCGGCCCAUGACUUCACUGCCGUCACCCCCCGUUUGUCUUAAAAACCCUGAUAGGUACCAGAGGAUCGAGCAACUGCGCCAGCAUUUCUGGCAACGAUGGCGGAACGAAUACUUGGCCGAGUUGCAGCAACGUACCAAGUGGCGCCAGAGGCAGAAGGAACUCAAGGUUGGAGACCUAGUGGUGUUCAAGGAGGAGAACACCCCGCCACUCAAAUGGAGGCUCGGGAGAGCUCUACACCUCUAUUCAGGAGCUGACGGAGUCUGCAGGGUAGCAGAUUUCACCACGCAGAAGGGCGUGGUCAGAAGAGCGCUCAACCGAGUGUGCCCCCUCGCCUGCAUGAACGAUCUUGAAAGCAGCAGCUUUCAAGGGGGGCAGGGUGUUAACGCAUCAGCGGUCAAACCAGUUCUGGAGGGGUGAGGACUGCGGAGUAUGACGUCACGAGCGCGGCGACCACUCACCGCGCAAACCACACACGGCUCUCAACUAC